ACUUACCUAGCUAGUUAAUAAAAAAUUCUUCCUCCAGGGAGCGAAGAUUGAUGGUCUUGAAACCAACCAUUUUGUGCUUGUCCAUGGAGGUGGUUUUGGUGCUUGGUGUUGGUACAAAACAAUGACACUUUUGGAGGAAAGUGGGUUCAAAGUCGAUACUGUUGACUUGACUGGUUCUGGAGUUAGUUCUUUUGACACCAAUAGCAUCACUUCUUUGGCACAGUAUGUAAAGCCACUCGCUGAUAUCUUUGACAAGCUAGAAGAUGGGAAGAAGGUCAUUUUGGUGGGACAUGAUUUUGGUGGUGCUUGUAUCUCGUUUGUGAUGGAGUUGUAUCCAUCCAAGAUUGCAAAAGCUAUUUUUGUUGCUGCAGCAAUGUUGACUAGUGGCCAAAGUACCCUGGAUAUGUUCUCCCAACAGACGGACUCGAAUGAUCUGAUGCGACAGGCUCAGAUAGUUUUGUAUGCCAACGGAAAUAACAACCCUCCAACUGCUGUUGAUCUCGACAAAACAUCAUUGAGAGACUUGUUCUUCAAUCAAAGUUCAGCUAAGGAUGUUGCCCUGGCAUCAGUAUCAAUGAGACCAAUCCCUUUCGCGCCGGUUUUAGAGAAGCUUUCACUUUCUGAUGUGAACUAUGGCUCCAUCCGACGCUUCUAUAUAAAAACUCAGGAAGAUCGUGCCAUUGCUAUCCCUUUACAGGAAGCCAUGAUAAAAUCCAAUCCACCAGAACAAGUCUUCCAGCUUAAGGGUUCUGAUCAUGCCCCUUUCUUCUCAAGGCCUCAAGGUUUGCACAAGAUACUUAUAGAAAUAGCACAGCUUCCAGCAAAGCAGGCCUGCAGCAGUACACCUGAGCUGAGGCAUCUUUUGGAAUAUGGCACAUUCUGAUCUGCGUCUGCUGCAUUUUGUGAUACUGCAAGCAGAAACAAUUAAAUUAUUCAUAACCAUGUGCGCGGCUAUGCUGUUGUAUUCCUAUCUGUAAUGUAAAAAUUCUAUCA